AUGACCGACUUCAAGCUCGACCGCCCCAUUAGCAGGCCGCUCUCUGAGAUUUCCGAGAACGACGAGCUACGGAGACGGAGCGCGCGCGUCUCGAGCUACUCAUCGAGCGUCAGCUUGAAGGGUGGAGUCGGUGGCAGUGACCGCAUCUCACGUCCUGCGAGCGAGGUUCUGGACGACUCGAAGCGAGUCUCGCUGUCACUGCCCGUGCACACCAUCACCCUCAACCUUGCAGACUACACGGGCACAUCAUCGCCGGUCCCUAAAGCUGCACUUGCCCCUGCAGCAGCUACUGCGGCCCAUGCAACGACGUCGGCUGCUCCCUCGACAUCAGCCGCCAUCGCAUCGCUCAUUUCGUCUAGGCGCAAGUCUAUGCCUCUGCCGCCAAAGCUCCAGUCAGCACAGGUCAUCCCCAGCCUGAUCGAACGGGCCCCGACCCCGAACGUUGAGCAUGACCACGAGGCCAUGCAGGAUGUGCAAGAAGAAGUAGUUGUUGACCUCUCUGAGGAGCAAGACGGCGUGUCGCCCCUCUUCAUGGCCACUCGCGCUGCCCUGCGGCCGGUUGCCAUGCCCGCUUCCGAUCUCGCAUCGCUCGAUUCGGGUAGCGCAUCCAUCUACACUACAUCCCCUCCAUCAACAGCAAACCCAUCACUCGACCUUCCCCGCUCCUCUACGGAUACCUCCUCCUCCAAACCAGCCGUCAAGAGCAAGCCAGGGUGGUUGCGGCGCGCAUCCAUGACCCCAUCAUUGCGAGCGAAGGCAAGGUCACCCGCACCCUCCUUGCCCGAUCUCCCACCAGAACCACCCUCUCCUCACUUCUCCACCACGACGCCACCUACACUUCCCCCUCGCAAGUUUCCGUCCGGGCCCAUGGACUUUGGUCCGCCUGUUGCCGGAUCGUCGCUGCAGGCCGCAUCACUCCCUACCCGCGACCUCCACCACCCAUCGCACCACUCGCAGAGCUUGCGCGAUGUGGGCAGAAGAUGGCGCACAGGGGGUGGCGUCUCGCGCUCGGCCUCCAACAGCAGCAUCGCGAGCGUCGCGUCCACGGCGACGACUACCACCACCAGCCACCAGCGCUUCCCUUCGACGGCAACUCGUGUGUUAGGCCAUGCUGGCAAGGCGGUGUCCAGCACAUGGAACCGUGCGCGUGGAGUCGGCACCAGCAUGAGCAUCUCGGGAAUGACCACGCUAAGCCCGGUGCGCGGUAUGGAGCCCGAGCCCGUGAGCCCAGGCCUUCUUACUCGCAAGCUCUCGCACGAGAUGUCGAUCAUCCCGCAAGAAGGACUCGUGUUCAGCGACGAGGUCGUCAGGCGCAAGGCCCGCGCUGGUCUUCGCGGACGCGUAUUUGGUCGCGACUUGGGACAGGCAGGACGCGCGUGGGGUGUGUUCGACGCCAACGAAUCACGCGAAGGCGAGGACGAGUAUCACCGUCGCCGCCGCCAGUGCCUGCCCGCGGUCGCCAUUCGCUGCGUCGAGUACCUGGCGACGAUUGGACGUUUGGAGGAGGGCAUCUUCCGCAUCAGUGGUCGCAGCAGUCACCUCGGGCGACUGCGAAAGGAGUUUGAUGCGGGUGCCGAUCUUGAUCUAACCCUUGUCGAUCCCAGCGAUCUGGACCCGCACGCAAUCGCAGGCACAUUCAAGAGUUAUCUGCGCGAGCUCCCCGAUCCCAUGAUCCCACUCCACAUUGAGCAGCGAAUUGAGACCUAUCUUCGGAAGAAGUCUGACAAUCUCGACGAGCUUGCCGAGUUUCUUGGCCAGCUCCCGAGCGCCAACUGGUUCCUGCUCGCGGAUGUAAUCAUGUUGAUCGACUUGAUUCCCAAGUCGAUUGACCUCAACCGCAUGAGCCACCAGGCGUUGAUGCUCUCACUUGGUCCCACGUUGAGGGUUUCCGGCGAACACGUCCAGUAUUUCGUUCGCCACCGCGAGCGCCUCUUCUCCGACCCUCCCGCUGUGUCGCCUCGUGACAUGGUCGAUUUCGGCGACGAGGAGAUCCCGCCUCUGUCACCCGUGUACAGCGAGGCGUCCUUUCACGGCAACGCACCGCUUCCACCUCCGCUCCCCAAGCGCCCUGCACCUAAGGUAUCCAAGCGCCCUAGCUUCGGCAACCUCCUCGCGAGCGCGAGGUCUUCGGCUAUGCGCAAGAGCCAGAGCGACCACACGCUGUUACUCAGCCAUCACAACACAGGUCCCGCAGCAGUCCCUGCUCCCCGUAUGGCGCUUCCAGAAAACUUCCAGAACCUCCAGAACUUUCAGAAGCACCACAACCUCCAGGGCCGCCAUGUAUUCAUCGAGACCGACCCCGACGAGACUGAGGAGCUGCGCUCGAGCAUGGGUGGCCACGAGCAGCCCACCAAAGCGAGUGACCAUGUCGACGACCACCACUACGCUCCCGGCACUGUUGCUGCACGUGCGCGCGUCUACUCGGCCGCCACAGGCUCGCCCCCUGCUUCUGGACCUACGCCGAUUGCCGACCGCUUCCGUCGCUCUAGCUCGGCGGUCGACAACCUCCGUGGGAGCUCGCUCUCGCUCUCGUCAUUGUCGUCGAUCUCGUCGAGCUUGGGCCAUAACUCGGGCCACAGCACGAAUGGCGCCGACUUCCAGACUGCGCCGAACCCGAUGGUCACGAUUCGCCGCUCUCCACCCGUCUUGUUCUCGUCGACUGUCACCACGAUGACGAACGAGGCUCACGCUGUGGCAACAGCUGCCGAUGCCCAGGCCCCGCCCGCUAACAAGGGCAUCAAGCGCAAGGACGAAGACGGCGCCGAGCGCACGCGUGAGGGCGACCGCGACUCUGCCAAGCGGCUAAGUGCUGGUCCCGGUAUCCUUGGCGUCGUUGGUGACGAGCCGAUGCUUUGA